GAGUUGUUAGCGGAGCACUUGCUCUAGCGGUUGUGAAGUUUCUCUGCAUAUCUCAUCAAAAUUGUGGAUAUGUCUUCAGUGUGUGGUACAAGUAAUGGUUACCAAGAUGGAGGCCAAGAGACCGCAGAGAAACAGGACAGCGAGCAUCCUCGUGUGCUCAUCCCUGAGUUAUGCCGACUCUUCUACCAGCUUGGAUGGGUGACGGGCACAGGUGGUGGGAUAAGUCUAAGACGGGGAGACCAGCUCUACAUAGCACCUUCUGGGGUCCAGAAAGAGAGAAUCCAGCCAGAGGACAUGUUUGUCUGUGAUUUGGAGGAGAGGGACAUCAGCUGUCCACCUGCCUGGAAGAAGUUGAAGAAGAGCCAGUGUACCCCCCUCUUUAUGAAUGCCUACACUAUGAGAGGGGCACAAGCUGUUAUCCACACCCACUCCAAGGCUGCUGUCAUGGCAACACUGCUGUAUACUGGCCAGGAGUUCAGGAUAACGCACCAAGAGAUGAUCAAGGGGAUUUGUAAGGGUACCUCAGGCACCAACUAUAGGUAUGACGACACCCUGGUAGUGCCUAUCAUUGAGAACACCCCAGAGGAGCGAGACUUGAAGGAGCGGAUGGCACGGGCCAUGGAGAAGUACCCUGAGUCGUGUGCAGUCUUGGUCCGCCGCCACGGUGUCUAUGUAUGGGGAGAGUCAUGGGAGAAAGCCAAGACCAUGUGCGAGUGCUACGACUACCUAUUUGACAUCGCUGUACAGAUGAAGCAGUGUGGAUUGGAUCCUUCAGCCUCCCCCACAGAAGAAAAACGGAUUGUGUGACCUUCACUGCUGCCCAUCAGAGACAUUUUGUUGCAAAAGUGUUAUUGGAAUUAAUUUAGGGGAACUCAGAAUACUAAUUUGCCUUUCAUACUCGUUCAAAACUCUUGGCACAUAACAAUAAGAGCAGAUUCAGUCUUGGAGGAGAUUUUAUCAGUGACUGUAUGCCAGAAGCACCUUGAGGAAGGUGUGUGUGGGGGGUAACCAUGAGUGAAGGGUUGUCCCACCAAUGUCCUAAGAUUCACAUGCCCUGCUAUUCACCUAUGAAUAAACCGAAUCCAGCUCUCUGUGUAUGUCAUGCAUGAACCAGGUGCACAUCCUACCGGAUCUACUAUGCAGCCUCCUUUGGUUUGAUAACUAAAAAUCGAUGCAAUGCAAACAAUGUCGAUCAUAAGAUGUUAAUUAAAGAUCCUUUUUAUUAUUACCCAAGGUUUUUGCCAUCCUCAAAAGACGUGUUUUUGUUCCUAUAUUUGCUCGUUCGCAGUGGAAGAGUCGAGCUUUUUUAGAUGUUUUGCCAGUCGUUUGAAAGAUGACCUCACCAUGCUUGGCUAUGCCCGUCGUAUUUUGUGAACCAUUUCUAAGUUCUUUGUAAUAAAACAUUUAAGUCAGAUCCAUUUCUGUUAAGUUUAGUUUCUGCUUGAGCAGAGUUGGAAUGCUAAAAUUAACAAUUAAUACAAUGAACAGCUCUGCUCACAUAUAAGCUGGUUUCUCUUGUUUAAUUUGACUUUCUCAAAAGUCAAAAUGUGCAAUUACAUGUUUUCAUUCGUGCAUGAUUUUUUUUUCCUGAAAGGCAGAAAGAGUGGCUUUUUUGUGGAAGCUAUUAAACUUUCCAUUAUUUUGA